CGGCGGGGGCGGGCCCUGUGCUGUCAGCCGCCCGAAGAGGAAGAAGGAGCCAGCGGCUAGCGCUGUGAGGGGCGGGACCGCGCGGCCUGCGGAGUGUCGGGCGCCGGAGGCCGGGCCAUGCGGGCGUGCUGGAACGUGGGGCCCGUGAUGGUCGCCGUCGUGCUGCUGCUGGUGCUGCUGAGCGUCGUGGGACCGGCGCUCGGCUCCGAGGAUAUCGUGGUGGGCUGCGGGGGUUUCGUCAAGUCGGACGUGGAGAUCAACUACUCGCUCAUCGAGAUAAAGUUGUACACUAAGCAUGGGACUUUGAAAUACCAGACAGACUGCGCCCCAAACAACGGUUACUUUAUGAUCCCCUUGUAUGAUAAGGGAGAUUUCAUUCUGAAGAUUGAGCCUCCCAUGGGGUGGAGUUUUGAGCCAACGAACGUGGAACUCUAUGUGGAUGGCGUCACUGACAUCUGUACAAAGGGAGGGGACAUCAACUUUGUGUUCACGGGAUUCUCUGUGAAUGGCAAGGUUCUCAGCAAGGGGCAGCCCCUGGGGCCUGCCGGGGUGCAGGUCUCUCUCCGAAACACAGGCAUGGAAGGGAAGGUCCAGUCAACGGUCACACAGCCAGGUGGCAAGUUUGCAUUUUUUAAAGUUCUUCCUGGAGAUUAUGAAAUCCUCGCAACUCAUCCAACAUGGGCAUUGAAAGAGGCUAGCACCAGUGUGCGUGUAACCAACUCCAAUGCCCAUGUUGCCAGUCCGCUCAUAGUUGCUGGCUAUAACGUGUCUGGUUCUGUCCGAAGUGACGGGGAGCCUAUGAAAGGGGUGAAGUUUCUUCUGUUCUCUUCUUUGGUAACCAAAGAGGAUGUCCUUGGCUGCAACGUCUCACCAGUGCCUGGGUUCCAGCCUCAAGAUGAGAGUCUGGUGUAUUUGUGCUACGUGGUCUCCAAAGAAGACGGCUCCUUCUCCUUCUACUCCCUGCCAAGUGGGGGCUACACGGUGGUUCCAUUCUAUAGAGGGGAGAGGAUUACUUUUGAUGUCGCUCCCUCCAGACUUGACUUCGUAGUGGAACAUGACAGCCUGAAAAUUGAGCCCGUGUUCCACGUCAUGGGGUUCUCCGUCACUGGCAGGGUCUUAAAUGGACCUGAAGGAGAAGGUGUUCCAGAGGCAGUGGUCACUCUCAAUAAUCAAAUCAAAGUGAAAACCAAAGCUGACGGCUCGUUCCGCCUGGAAAAUAUAACAACGGGGACAUACACCAUCCAAGCUCAGAAGGAGCACCUUUACUUUGAGACAAUUACAAUAAAAAUCGCACCUAAUACACCCCAGCUGGCUGACAUCAUCGCAACAGGGUUCAGUGUCUGUGGUCAGAUAUCAAUCACCCGCUUCCCUGACACAGUCAAGCAAAUGAGUAAAUAUAAAGUUGUCCUGUCAUCUCGAGACAAGAACAAGUCUCUGGUCACUGUGGAGACAGAUGCUCACGGAUCAUUUUGUUUUAAAGCAAAACCAGGGACCUACAAUGUCCAGGUGAUUGUUCCUGAGGUGGAGACCCGAGCGGGCCUGACUCUCAAACCCUCAAUGUUUCCUCUCACAGUGACGGACAGACCCGUGAUGGACGUGGCUUUCGUGCAGUGUUUGGCAUCUGUUUCUGGGAAAGUCUCUUGUUUGGACACCUGUGGUGACUUGCUGGUGACCCUGCAGUCCCUGAGCCGCCAGGGUGAGAAGCGGAGCCUCCAGCUCUCAGGCACGGUCAACUCAGUGACUUUCACAUUUGACAACGUGCUUCCCGGAAAAUACAAACUCAGCAUCGUGCAUGAGGAUUGGUGCUGGAAGAACAAGAGCCUGGAGGUGGAAGUUCUGGAGGAGGGUGUGGCCGCGGUGGAGUUCAGGCAGACGGGCUAUAUGCUGAGGUGCUCGCUGUCUCACGCCAUCACUCUGGAAUUUUAUCAGGAUGGAAAUGGACCUGAGAACGUGGGGAUUUAUAACCUCUCCAAAGGAGUCAACCGAUUCUGCCUGUCCAAGCCUGGCGUCUACAAAGUGACCCCUCGUUCCUGCCACCGGUUUGAACAAGCUUUCUACACCUACGACACGUCUUCACCCAGUAUCUUGACAUUGACAGCCAUUCGCCAUCAUGUCCUUGGAACCAUCACCACUGACAAAAUGAUGGAUGUCAUUGUGACUAUCAAGUCUUCCAUUGACAGUGAGCCUGCCUUAGUCCUAGGCCCUCUGAAGUCUGUGCAGGAGCUCCGGAGGGAACAGCAGCUGGCAGAGAUUGAGACCCGCAGGCAGGAGAGGGAGAAAAAUGGUAAAGAUGAUGGCGGAGAAGGGAGGGCCAAACCACCUGUGCAGGAGAUGGUAGAUGAACUACAAGGCCCCUUCUCAUAUGAUUUCUCUUAUUGGGCACGGUCUGGGGAGAAAAUCACUGUCACACCCUCAUCUAAAGAGCUGCUCUUCUAUCCCCCUUCUAUGGAAGCUGUCGUCAGUGGAGAGAGCUGCCCAGGGAAGCUGAUCGAGAUCCAUGGGAAGGCAGGCUUGUUUCUAGAAGGCCAGAUCCACCCUGAGUUGGAAGGAGUCGAGAUUGUCAUUAGUGAAAAGGGGGCAAGCUCACCCUUGAUCACUGUUUUUACUGAUGACAAAGGUGCCUAUAGCGUUGGCCCUUUGCACAGUGAUCUGGAGUAUACUGUGGCCUCACAGAAGGAAGGCUAUGUUUUGACUGCUGUGGAAGGAACCAUAGGAGACUUUAAGGCUUACGCCUUAGCUGGCAUAAGUUUCGAGAUAAAAGCUGAAGAUGACCAGCCCCUCCCUGGGGUCCUCCUGUCCCUCAGUGGUGGCAUGUUUCGUUCCAACCUCUUGACCCAGGACAAUGGCAUUCUGACGUUCUCAAACCUGAGCCCUGGGCAGUAUUACUUCAAACCCAUGAUGAAGGAGUUCCGUUUUGAGCCAUCUUCACAAAUGAUCGAGGUACAGGAGGGACAAAACCUGAAGAUCACCAUCACUGGCUACCGGACGGCCUAUAGUUGCUAUGGCACCGUUUCUUCUCUGAAUGGAGAACCAGAGCAGGGAGUUGCCGUGGAAGCUGUGGGACAGAAGGACUGUAGUAUUUACGGAGAAGACACCAUGACAGACGAAGAGGGGAGGUUCAGACUACGUGGAUUGCUGCCUGGGUGUGUGUACCACGUUCAGCUGAAGGCAGAAGGCAAUGGUCACAUUGAACGGGCCCUCCCCCACCAUCGGGUGAUAGAGGUCGGGAAUAAUGACAUUGAUGACGUAAACAUCAUCGUUUUCCGGCAGAUUAAUCAAUUUGAUUUAAGUGGAAAUGUGGUCACAUCCUCUGAGUAUCUUCCAACAUUGUGGGUGAAGCUUUACAAAAGCGAGAACCUUGACAACCCGAUCCAGACGGUGUCACUGGGCCAGUCCCUCUUCUUCCACUUCCCCCCGCUCCUCAGAGACAGUGAGAACUAUGUUGUGCUCCUGGACUCCACACUCCCCAGAUCCCAGUACGACUAUGUCUUACCUCAAGUCUCCUUCACUGCUGUUGGCUACCAUAAACACGUCACCCUGAUCUUUAAUCCCACGAGGAAACUGCCUGAGCAAGACAUUGCCCAAGGAUCCUACAUCGCCCUGCCCCUGACGCUGCUCGUCCUGUUGGCCGGUUACAACCAUGAUAAGCUCAUUCCUUUGCUGCUGCAGUUGACAAGUCGACUGCAGGGAGUCCGUGCUCUUGGCCAGACAGCCUCUGACAACAAUGGCCCAGAAGAUGCAAAAAGACCUACCAAGAAACAGAAGACCAGGCGGACGUGA